GGAGGCCGGAGGCCGGAGCCUCCCGGGGCAAGGGGAGCGCCCAGGGCCAGGUCUGGGGGCCCAGAUAAAACAUGGCGGGGCGACCUAUCCGCAUAGGGGACCAGCUGGUACUGGAGGAAGACUAUGAUGAAACCUACAUCCCCAGUGAACAAGAAAUUUUUGAAUUUGCCAGGGAAAUUGGAAUUGAUCCCAACAGUGAACCAGAAUUAAUGUGGCUGGCCCGAGAAGGCAUUGUGGCUCCACUCCCUAUGGAGUGGAAACCAUGCCAGGAUAUCACAGGUGAUAUUUACUAUUUCAAUUUCGCCAACGGACAGUCCAUGUGGGAUCACCCAUGUGAUGAGCAUUAUCGGAACCUGGUGAUCCAGGAACGGGGAAAGCUGUCAACUCCUGGAGCCAUCAAAAAGAAAGAUAAGAGAAAGAAGAAGGACAGGAAGGACAAGAAGGACAAGGAACCUCCCAAAACUCCCAUGGCCCUGGGUUCUUCCUUAGCUCCAGUUCACGUACCUGUGGGAGGCCUUGCUCCAUUACGCAGUCUCAUGGACACCUCAGCCCCAACCUUCCGUUCGUCCGUGAGUAUGAACUUGGGAAGCUCAGUGGAAUCUCCUCAGCCUUUGGAAACUGCCCUGCUUUCACAAGGCCCCAAGACUUCUCCCUACACCAAGAAUCUUCUGGGUUCCAUCCAUGAGGAGAAGAACCCUCUUAGCCUGCUGGCUCUUGGGGAGGAGACUAAUGAAGAGGAGGAGAGUGAUAAUCAGAGCCUCCGAAGCACAGCUGGGCUCCUCAAGAAUCUACACCUGGAUAUUGGAGUCCUGGGGGGCAAUUUUGAUUAUGAGGAGUCUCCAAGAAGCCAACCAGAGGAUAAGAAGGAAACAUCACUGGGUUCAGAUAUCCCCUGUCCCCGGACUUUGGACAAGCCCUUUGGCCGAGAUGUAGAUAGCAGCCUGGGCAGCGCAGAUGGCGAAGGCCGACGAGGGACGCUGGCAAGUGCUUGGCUCCCAGACAAAGAAGACGGUGAAAAGGGUGACCCUGGGGCUUCCAGGCCACAAAUGACUCGAGUGGUAAACUCAGGGACUGUUGAAAGUACAGCCAACAAGCAGUCGUUGGAGAACCCAGUGGUGGUUGGAGAGGUGGGCUGUGAGAAAAAAGAGGCCACGAAUGAACUAGAGAAGGAGCUGACAGAGCCGAAAACAGAGAGCAGAUUGGAUGUCAGUGAAGAGUCCGAGAUCAGUGACCAUGUGAAAGAGUUGCAGUUCUCCGACCAUUCUGAUACCAAAUCAUUUCUUGGCCUGGACUUGGGUUUUCGAAGUCGGAUCUCUGAACAGCUGCUGGAUAUAGAUGGAUUGUCCCCAGUGCUGGAUGGACCUGUCUGGGAGACCAAGGGCCCAGGAGAGGAGGAAAAAGACCAAAGUCAGUCCAACCUGGAAGAACCAGAGAGUGAACAGUCCAGUGAGGAAGAGAGAAUACUGGGUACAGACCCACCUGCCAGUAUCUCCAGUCAUUCACAUGAAGAGGAGAAAAUCCAGAGCCUGUUUAAUGUCCAAGAGGUAGGAGAAGGGCAACAUUCCCUGGAGGGGGAGCCUAGGGAGACGGUGGAACCUGAGCAGAAUGUGAUGGCCAGCCCAGCUUCACAGACACCCUCCCCAAAGAGGGAGCAGAUCAUCAACCUUACUCAUGACUGUAAGAUGGAAGAAGAGCCACACACCACCGUAGUUGAACAUGAGCAGAAAAAGGCAGAAGAACUUGAGGAGAUGAUGACCAGCCCAACGUUGCCAGGCUCCCGAGAAGAACUUGUCCUAGAAUCCGUAACUGCUCACAGGCAGCCCUUAGGAGAUUCCCUGAAGAUCAUAGAAAAAAAGACAGCCCAGGAUCUGGAGCGGGAGCGGGCAAGACUGUUAGAGGAUCGGAGACAGAAGAUGGAGCGGCUGCGGGAGGAGCUGUGUCAAGAGGAAGAAGAGGAGAAGCUGAAACUUGAGGAGCAGAAAGACAAGUCCCUCAGGUCUCUGAGAGAGCAGCUCAAGAAAACAGCUGAGGAGGAAGAGGCCCGAGUGAGGGAAGAAGAGAGUCAGAAACUUUCCAAGCUCCGAGCUCAGAUCCUAGCCAGUACAGAAACACAGGAAAAUCAAAUUAGGGCAGAGCAAGAAGCUUCACUGAAGAAAGUAAGAGAAGACUUGGAGUCAUUGCAGAGGGCUGAAAGGUCCAGCCUGGAGCAGAAAAAGAAGCAGGCGCUGGAGAAGCUUAAGGAGGAAAUGGAGGCUAAUGAAAAGAAAGAGAGGGCCCUCUUGGAAGAGGAGAACGAAAAAGCAGUGAGUCAGCUGAAGGCACGUCUGGAAGAGGCAAGGAAGGAGGCCAUGGCAGUGCUGGAGAAGGAGCAUGCAGGUAUCCUGCAGAGGCUUCGAGCCUUAGCUGAGGAGAAACAUCGUCAGGACAUUGCUGGCCUGCAAAAGCGGAUAGAGGAGGUCCAUCGGAAGGAGGAGGCCCAGCUGCAGGAAGAGCUGGCUCAGGCAGAACAGAGAACCCAACAGAAAGCCUACCGCGUGAUGGAGUAUGAGAGAGAGCUCAGCGACCUCCUGAGAGAGAAGAGGGAGGACGUGGAGAAGGACCAUGAGCGGAGGAUGGACAGAAUGAAAGAGGAGCACCAACAAGUGCUGGCAGAGACCAGGGGGCAGUAUGAUGAAGAGGAGAGGAAGCAGCGAGCAGAUCUUCGGACAAACUUGGCAGGUGAGAUGGAGCGUGUGAGGCGGUCCCAUGAUCGGGAGCUGGAGACCAUGCAGCGGGACCUGGAAAGGCAGCUCAGCGAAAUCCAGCUCAGGCACCGAGAGCAGGAAAGGAAGUUCCAGGAUUCAGAAGCAGAACUUGAAGGCAGAACUAAAGAGAUUAAGGCCAGAUUGAUCCAACUGGAUCUGCAAGAGGACACCAUCAGAAAGAAGAAGCAGCAGCUUCUAGAUGUAGAGAAGCAGAUUGCCCUGGAGAGAGAGGAAGCCACAUCUACCCACCAACACCUGGAGGAAGCGAGGAAGGAGCAAGCCCAGCUGGUGGAGUCCACCCGGCAGCUGCGCCGGACCCUAGAGGAGCUGCGGUCACGGAAGGCUGAGCUGGAGUCCCAGGUGGAGGUGCUUCAGGCCCGCAGUCAGAGGCUGCAGAGACGGAUCAGCGACUUGGAGGCUGAGGCCCAAAGGAAGCAGGAUGCUUUGAAUGAACUGGCUGUUGAGGAGAGCACUGUCGCUUCUCCCCGUCGUGAAGGGGAGCUCCACCUGGAGGAUCUGAGGAAGUCUGGCGGGACGACCCUGGAUAAGGAGCCCCCGGCCAUCAGCUCCCAGAACAAUGAGGAAAGCACUCCCCGGCUGGAUAACAUCCGCCAUUAUCUCUCCUCUGAGGGUGUGUCCCUUCGCAGUGCCAGGGAAUUCCUGGUCCGGCAGACACGCUCUAUGAGGAAGCGCCAGACAGCUCUAAAAGCUGCCCAGCAGCAGUGGCGCCAUGAUGUAGCCACUGCCCAGGUGACCUCUGAAGACUUGCCUAAUUCCCAUAACCUAGAAGAUAUACGAAAGAACCUAGAGGAGGAGACAAAAAACCUGGAUGAGAUGAAGUCAGCCAUGCGCAAGGGCCAAGUUCUACUGAAGAAAAAAGAGGAGAAGCUGAGUCAGCUGGAGAAUUCCAUUCGUGAAGAGCUUUCAGAUGAGGACACACUGAGAGGAGCCUCCUAUAGGAAGGUGGUAACAUUUGAUGUUAGUGAUUUUGAAGACAGCAGCAGUUCAAGCCCUGAGACCUCCCCUCUGCCCCAUGAGAACCCAGUGUCAAACAUGCCUUUCCUCCAGCUCAACAAGAUCCGAUACCUGAGCAACUCCUUACAGAGAAUCACCAAUGAGCUCAAUGGUGUACUGAGCGUCUUGGGCACCCUCAGCAUCCAACCAUCACCUGUCUUAACUUCAACACAAGUCCAGAUGCCUCCCCUGCCCUCCAAGACCGCUCCCAUCUGCACUCACCCUUCUGUGACCAGAGUUUCAGCACCUACCCCUUUGACUCCCUCCACUGGCAUCCCUGUUCCCAAUCAGUGGGCCUGGGACCCUGGACUAAGCUCUGGGCUCACCUCGUCAGUUGCUCAGUCAGUGGACAACUUUCUGGUGGAGAAGUGGCACAAAUAUUUCCCGGCUGGAGUCCCAUUACUUAGUGGAAGCCCAGCUCCUCUGGACAAUAGGUUGGGUUAUAUUUCUGCCAGUGAACAGCUCCGCCUCUUGCGUCGCUCCCACUCCCAGAUCUCUCAGAGCAGUGGUGCCAACUUUCAAGGCAUGAUCGAGUCCAAUAGGAAGUGGCUAGAACAUAUGAAGAAGGACCCCAAGGUACCCCUCUUCUCCACCACACCCAAGUCCUCGGUUACCUCGGGCCUGCUGCAGCUGGACCUGGAUGAAAAAAACAAGCUGAAGGUGUAUCACUAUUAAGGCCCCUGUGGCAGUAGGGUAUAGGGCUCUCCAGGCCCCCCUCAUCUUAGACCAAGUGCCUAAGGAGCCUCCUGCACUUUAUUGUCCCUGAUCCAUCAUUCCUCUGCUAUAUAAGCCUUACCCUCUCAGGACUUUGGGGGAAGGUGUAGGAGUGAUGAUGGUGUAGGGGGCAAUGGGAGGAGUGUAGCAAGCCACACCCUCUGAGAAACCCACAAUGUAUCCUACAUGGAAAAGUUUUGAGCUUCCAUCACCCAUUAGGGCCUGCAUUAUUAUGCCAGUGCAGAUGAGGUAGGGCUGACAAGCCCCCUCAUGGUGGGAAGGAGAGGAGGGUAGAGCUGGACACUUCCAUGGGGACCUGAUGUCAGAAAGCCAAGGGAACCUUCAGGGAGUGGUCUUAGCCCUUCCAGUGGACUGAUUCUCUCCCUCAGCUCUCCAGGGUAUUUUGGAGAGGUCCUCAGAGUAGCCAGUUUUGUAACUCUUGAUGUACCGGGCAGAUCAUGGUGUGAUGCAUCCCCUCUCCAAAGCAUGUUCACCCCAGGACUUGGUGCUUCUUGGGGACUAGCUCUGUUCUGAAUCUGCUUCCUUUGAGCUAAUACCUCAGCAGCAGGGCACCAGGCCCUCUGGUUUUUUUCUUAAUGAUUCCUUUUUUGCCCAACAACUUGGGCUGUCUCAGGUUUGUGGUCAGCUUUACAGAGCCUUUCGCUGAUGCUGAUUGAUGUGGGGUCCUGAGAAAUGAGGCAACUCUGAGUCUUCCUUCUGCCUUUGCUAUGCUUGCCCCAUGCAACAGAGGAAAUCACUUUCUGCCUUUAUCACUGGGUUCCUACUAACAAAAGGGCCUUAUUCUUGGGCUUGGGGAAAGGAGGACCUUGGGAAUCAGACUCCAUGGGAAGAUGAAGCCAGGGCAGGCCUCUCUAGGGAUCCCAUUCUAUGACCCUCAGGCAUUAAAGUUCUGGCUUCCCUCAGAUAGCCAGAAAGCCAUUAGAAAAGUGGAUGGGGCUGUCCUCAGCCUCAUCCCAGUCAUCUUUUCAGUUCUCAGGUCAACUUGAAUAUUUGUAGUGCUUGCUUUCCUCCCGCCUCUUCUUACCUGGCUUGUUUGGAUAAAAACAUUGGCAUUUCAACCACCAUUCUUUUUUUCCUCUUCUUGCCGCUCGCCUCUAAUCUUUUGAGUUUACCUGUGGACCAUGCGGUGCACGAGGGGGCAGGAGGGGAGAAGAUGAAUAAUCAGAGAGGGGUCUGGAGCCAUCUUGGCACUGGGGAGAGGGUCCCCUGCAAGUCCCCUUCGAUCAGCCAACAGACAAGUGGGCUCCUCGAUGGGAUUUGGUGGGGAUUUUUGGUGAGUUCGUCUCACUGUUUGGAAGAAAUCACUAUUUUUCUGUCUUUAAGGCAGUGGAGUUGUGCUUAGCACUCCUCAACAUGGAAACCAGCCUCUUCAUCAUCUUUCUCAUGGAGGAGAAACCUGGGGAUCAAAUUGCUUUUUAACCCUCCCCGCCCUCCCCCUCCCCCCAGGCACUACAGCAAGGCACAAGCCUCUCCUCUCAGAGGAGUCCAUUUUGUUACUUGACUGAUGCUAUGUGGUUUAGGAAUGGCUUGUGUGUACUUAACAACUGUGGUGACAAUCAAUCCAGCUUCUCUUGCCCCAUGUUUUCUAUAUCAAUUAAACCUCCAUGGGUCAUUUUUCUACAAUUCA